AUGGCCGCCGCGACUGCACCUAGUUUACAUGUUGCCGGUGAACUGACAAACGAGCUAUAUUCUGAUGUGACGGCUCGAGAUCUCGAGUGGACGUUGGCAUCUGGCUCCGCUACCGAGACACAAACUUUCUACAUGUGCACUGACAGUGGGCAUUUUUGUUUCGUGCAAAUGCUCCAUUCAAACAUUGGUUGGUAUCCCACGAUUCAAUUUAGCGCCCGAUUUUUUGGUGAUGGCAUCAACGCUUUCAAGUUGGGCAACAUGUCCAACUUUAAGCUUUCGUCCGAUCGCCGAUCAGCUACUACUGAUGGAAUGAAAAUCGAACUCAACCCUGAAUGUACUAAAUAUACUGUUUCUCUUGUACAUACCAAUGAACUACUUAUAUCAUUCGAGUUUGAGCGAGUCGACCGUGGCUUCAAAAUUGGUGAGGGCAAGACAUUCUUUGGCAGCGAUAAGUCAACAGGGUUUGUCGAGCACAAAUUCUGGCCUAAAGGGAAGGUAUCGGGAAAUGUUUUUAUUAAUGGAAAGCACUUUGACUUGAACGGUGUGGGUCUAUUCGUGCAUGCAUUGCAAGGAAUGAGACCGCAUCUAAUUGCCACUCGCUGGAACUUUGUUGAUUUUCAUUCGGAUGAAAUAGCUUUAUCGAUGUUGGAGUUUGAAACUACACCGGCUUAUGGAAGUGUUAAAGUUAAUCAGGGCAGCCUAGUUGUCAAUGAUAAAUUGGUGGGAGUUUCGGUGAAGAAUGCAGUAGAAUUCCUAGAGACUGAGCUGGACGAGGAAACUGGAUACCGUAUUCCUCGGGAGAUUAGUUAUACAUGGAAUGGAAAGGCGUUAGAAUCUGAAGAGGCAUUCAAAGUAAAUUUGAAAAUUAGGCCACAAACACUCAUGGACAAAAUCGAUGUACUCAACGAGAUUCCUUACGUCAUAAAAAAACUUGUGCAAGCUAUGGUGGCUAAGCCAUAUAUUUAUCAAUGGUACAACGAGGCAACAGCAGAAGUAAUUAUUGGCGAUAAACCUCCGAUAAUUGUAACAGGCAAACUGUUCAACGAGGCUACUUUCAUUUACUAA